UUCUCCUACUAUGGAAUGCGUGCGGUGCUGGUGCUGUACUUCAGGUCCUUCCUGAACUGGAAUGAUGACCUCGCUACCUCCAUCUAUCAUGCUUUUGAGGCCCUGUGCUACCUGACUCCUAUACUAGGAGCCAUUGUGGCUGACUCCUGGCUUGGAAAGUUUAAAACCAUCAUCUACCUGUCCAUUGUGUAUGCCAUCGGCCAGAUCAUCAUGGCAGUUAGUGCUAUUCAUGACAUCACCGAUACAAACAGGGAUGGCACACCAGACAAUAUGACAGUGCAUGUCGCCUUAGCUAUAACAGGGAUGGUCCUCAUCGCUCUUGGUACAGGUGGCAUCAAACCCUGUGUGUCUGCGUUUGGAGGGGAUCAGUUUAAGGACCACCAGACGAGGCAACGAGGUACAUUCUUCUCUGUGUUCUACCUGUGUAUUAAUGCUGGCAAUCCCCUCUCCACUUUCAUCACUCCCAUACUCCGAGGACAGGACUGUGGUAUUCACAGUACACAGAAAUGCUACCCGCUGGCCUUUGGUGUUCCUGCAGCCCUCAUGGUGGUCUCUCUGGUUGUGUUCAUUGCUGGCAGUGGCAUGUAUGUUAAAACUGCACCUAAAGGCAACAUUAUGCUGGAUGUGGCUAAAUGCAUUAUGUUUGCAAUUAGGAACCAAUUCAGACACAGGAGCAGUAUAUACCCAAGGAGAAAGCACUGGCUGGACUGGGCUGAGGAGAAAUAUGAUAAACUCCUCAUUGCUCAAAUUAAGAUGGUGCUCAAAGUGCUCUUGCUCUACAUCCCUCUCCCAUUGUUCUGGACCCUGUUUGACCAAAAGGGCUCCCGUUGGACCUUCCAAGCAACCACAAUGGACGGGACCUUUGGAACACUGGUUCUGCAGCCAGAUCAGAUGCAAAUAAUGAAUGCCAUUUUGAUUCUUACCCUGGUGCCCAUCAUGAACAGAGUUGUGUAUUUCCUCAUCAAAAAGUGUGGCUUCAAUUUCACCCCUUUGAAGAGAAUGACCGUUGGGAUGUUUUUGGUUGCCAUGGCUUUUGUGUGUGCAGCUGUGGUCCAGAUUCAGAUCGAUAAAACCAUGCCAGUUUUCCCAACAUUUCCACAAAGUCAGCUAAAGGUAGUGAACCUGGGAAGCACCGAGCUCGAAGUCAACAUCACGUCCAAAACACCUUUUGUGCUUGGAUCCCUGCAGGCCACUGAGGACUACAUGACCUUUGACAAGCCACACAUUGCAGUUUAUUUGAACACUAUUCCUACAUACAAAGUAUUCACCUUGCAACAGGGAGAGCGUCAGACCCUCAUCAUCCCCUCUUUUCCUAAUGACAUGUAUCUGGCUCCAGAUUUAACCGACAAACCAGCUGCAGACGUCAAUGCAGUCAGAUUUGUAAAUGGUAUGAGUAAAGCACUGAACGUUUCAAAUGUUGCACUCCUCAAACCAUCUGAUGUUUCAAACAACACACUGGUUCCACGGGGGUCUCAGACGUUCACCAUCAGUGACGGUGUGCAAACGUGUCAGUUCUCAACACGCUUUGGAGUUUGUGGAGCUUACACCUUUCUUAUCCCCAGCACACUCACCUGGGCUGAAAAUUGUGGUGGCUCUAUAGUGACAGUGGAAGAUAUUCAUCCCAAUACUGUGCACAUAGCCCUUCAGAUCCCUCAGUAUUUCUUCAUCACUGCAGGAGAAGUGGUGUUCUCUGUCACUGGCCUGGAAUUCUCAUACUCACAGGCCCCUAGCAACAUGAAGGCAGUACUGCAGGCUGGCUGGCUCUUAACUGUGGCUGUGGGAAACAUCAUUGUGCUGAUUGUGGCAACUGCGAGUUUGCAACUUCAGAAGUGGGCAGAGUAUGUGCUGUUUGCUGCGCUGUUAGUGGCAGUGUGUAUAAUCUUCUCGAUAAUGGCUCAUUUCUACACCUACAUCAAUCCUGCUGAGAUUGAAGCCAAGUUCAAGCAAAACGAAGAGCUGGAAACAAAGGAGAAAGACGCGAAAGAAAGCAAAGCUAUAGAGAUGGAAACAGAGAAGACGUCACAAAGCCAAGACAAUGAAAUCAACAUGACUAAAAUCUGA